AAUGGUAUCAAAGAUCGACACGUGGAUGUUCUCAUCAAUAAUGCAGGGAUUGGCCUAGUGGGUCCAGUGGAAAGCACCACCAUUGAAGAGAUGAAGAAAGUGUUUGAGACCAACUUCUUCGGGGUGAUCCGCAUGAUCAAGGAGGUGAUGCCUGACAUGAAGAAAAGGAAAGGAGGACACAUCAUCGUGAUCAGCAGUGUAAUGGGACUGCAAGGUGUGGUGUUCAAUGACGUGUAUGCAGCUUCCAAGUUUGCCAUGGAGGGCUUCUGUGAGAGUUUGGCUGUGCAACUCUUGAAGUUUAAUGUCACAUUGUCACUGAUUGAGCCGGGCCCAGUGCACACAGAAUUUGAGGCAAAGAUGAUUCAGGAGGUGAAGCAGAGGGAGUGUCCUGGAGCUGAUCCUGAUACAGUGCAUUACUUCAAGAAUGUCUAUCUUCCGUCUUCUAUUGACAUCUUUGAGGCAAUAGGACAAACGCCUGAUGACGUCGCCAGAUGUACCAAGAAAGUGAUUGAAGCAAGCAGGCCACGUUUCCGUAAUCUGACCAACCCAUGGUACACGCCCAUUGUAGCGCUGAAAUACGCUGAUGAAACUGGAGGCCUGUCUGUCCAUGCCUUCUACCACAUGCUCUUUACCAUGGGUCCACUGAUGCACGUCUGCAUGACUGCCAUGAAGUACCUCACCUGUGGAUGUCUGAGGAGUAGAACAGUUUCACCAAACUAAAAACGUAUAAACAAUGUGAUCAAACGAAGAGAGGAUCUUUUGUGACUUGCCAUAUUUCUUGUUGCAUAUGCAGUGUGUAUUGCAAUGAACAGUCUUGUGUAUUUUCUUUUCUCUGUAUAGAUUUGCAGUUUAUGAAUGUACACACUUGAGACUAGAUGAGUGAGAUGAUGUAUUAGCCUACCCAGAGUGCCAAAUGAGUAGGGUUUGCACUUAUAAGACAAUAUACUGUAGCCUGAUUUCAUUAUUUUAUCCCCAUCAGUCCCACAAAAAAAGGAACAAUUUGAUAGUCCUACACCUUGCUUAUUUGUAGCCUAUGUAUUUGCAUCUAUGUAAAUAUUUUUUUCAAAUUCCUUCAGUGAAUUGGAGAAAAUAUUUUAGUUUAAAUUGUAAAACUUCCAGGAAUUGUGUUACUGUUUCUGAUAGUUUUCAGGAAAUGUGGUUGCACCACAGUCUGUAUAAAGGGUCGCACACAUUACUCACGAUUAUGGUUUUUAGUUAUAUGCACAGGUUCCAUCACUUUCUCUUUGUGCAGACUCCUUUCUGGCACUGUCUGUCAUUUCUCUCAGGUGACAUAUUAUAUACCCACAUUUCAGCAAAAAUGUCUCUGUGGCCACUUCAGACUAAGAGUUUACCGUUUUGUAGUCUGUUUGCGAAUAAAAGGAACUGACAUAUUCUGGAAAUAAAAGAUACAAUAAUACAA